AUGGUGGUGCCCUUGUUUUUUGUAGCCCUUGGAUUUGUAGUUACUACCUCCAUAUUCGUUUUGAGAUGGUAUGCGAAUGGAUCUCUGGCUAAAUUCGUUCAAGUCACAAGAAGAGAUUUAUUGUGAGUGCUCUAUCAGGAAUUUUAUUUAUUUUAGGUUUUACAGAGGAUUGAGCUUGCUUGUCAAAAUACGGUAUCGGUUUUGGAAAGCGUCAAAAGCUAAUGAAGGAAUCAACGAAAUCUUCCUUCGAACGGUUUCAAAAAAUAGAGACAAGGUUUUACUUCAAAUAUUUUGGAAAAAGAUUAAAUUGACUCUCUUUGAUGAGUCCUUGAGCUCAAGUUUUACAGAUAGCAGUAUUUGACAUUUCUUUGAACAAAUCAACAACUUUCGAAGAACUCAACAGGUUGGCGUGUCAGUACGCCAAUUUACUGAAGGUGAGUAAAAUUGAAGAGCACAAAACAUAUAAGAUCCUCUCAAUUUAAAGUUCAAUUGCCCAGAAAAAAACCAUGGUCGCACGUAGAAUGGCUCAUUAAUUGACAGUUGAAAGCUUGUUUCGAGGACUUGCGAUAACCCUGUGUGCAAACCGUUUCGGGUCUGGCAUUCUUAUGCAGCUGAGCCAUUCAACGCGCGACGUUGGGCUUUUAAAUUGUAGCAAACGAAACUUUUUUAACAUUAAUUUUGGUCGAAAAAAUUGAUUUUUAGAAUAAUGGCGUCACUAAUCGCGACGUUGUUGCGAUCAUGAUGGACAAUGGGGUUAAUUUUGUUGCCGCCUGGCUGGGAGCUGCCAAAGUCUGUCAUCUCAAAAAAAACAGCUCUUAUGAUGAAAAAAUUCAGCUUGGAGCAGUCUCGGCUUGGAUAAACACGAAUUUGAAGGAAGAAGCUUUAGCGCACUCUCUUGACGUUGUGAAAGCGAAAUUUAUCAUUUGUGAUUGUUAUUAUGAAAAACGUGGGUGAUCUUGUUCAUACUGAGCUUAGAAAUAGAUUUUUUUUCAGUUCCAAGCUUUUCUGUUAAGUUUUAUCUACUUUUCAAUAAAUUAGACUCACAUCGAGUAAACUACUAAUCAGAUUAUUUUUUUAUUUCCUUCUUAACGAAUUCGUUUUCAGGUAUAGCCGAAUGCCCAACCAAUCAGAAAUCCAUCAUCUUCUCACAUUCAGACCAUUUAUGUACAUCACCCCUAGGUCUCAUCAAUGAAUUCCCAGACACCGAACCGAUUGCCGCAGCGAAAGCUACGUUCCGAGGUAAGAAUAUUCGUGUGAAGUAUCACAUUUUUUGCAGAUCCUCUCUGCUACAUUUACACGUCUGGAACCACUGGUCUACCUAAGGCUGCAGUUAUUAAACACUACAGGUUUUUCAAAAAUUUGAUAGUACAAAAACAUUAUUUAGAUACUUUUACGUAGCCACCGCCUCCAUCGCAGCUUUCGGAGUGAAGCCGUCAAAAGAUGUGUUAUAUCUUUGUCUUCCCAUGUAUCACACCUCGGCCGGAGUUUUAGGUUCGAAAACUUCAUUUUGAGGAGGAAUUCAUGCAUUCAGGAAUUGGGCAAACAGUUGUGUAUGGACAAACGGUCGUCAUCCGUAAAAAGUUCUCUGCUUCCAACUUUUGGAAGGAUUGUUGCAAAUACGACUGUACGGUAUGUAUCUGCAUACUUUAAGGAAAUUUAUCAUUGUCUUAUACAGAUUUCUCAAUACAUCGGCGAGUUGUUGCGUUAUAUUUUAUUAGCUCCGCCUUGUGAAGAAGAAGCCCAACACAGUGUACGGUUACUCAUAGGAAAUGGGCUGAGGUUUUUUUUGCUUCUCUUGCUUUUUAUUUUUUAUUUUGCAGACCAGCAAUAUGGCGCGAGUUUCAAAAGCGGUUUAAAAUUAGACAGAUUGGAGAGUUUUAUGGCUCCACGGAAGGAACUUCUAACCUUGGUUUUAAAAUUCGUGCAAAGUAAAGACCUCAUAUUUUUUCAGUGAACAUAGAUGGGAAAGAAGGAUCUUGUGGCUUCAUGCCAACUAUAAAAUGUUUCCAUAGACUCUAUCCCGUCCGAUUACUCAAAGUGGAAGAGGACACCGGCGAAUUGAUUCGAAAUGAGAAAGGCUACUGUAUUCCUGUUAAACCAGGUAAUGCUUGAGAUAAGGUAGAGAAUUUGACUUUUCUCAGGUCAAUCCGGGGCAUUGGCUUGCGCAAUCAGAAAGAACAACCUUCUCCUUAAUUUUGAAGGCUAUAUGGAUAAAGCAGAAACGGCGAGGAAAAUAAUUGAGAAUCCGUUUCCGGGAACUGACGCCAUGUUUUUAUCAGGUCCUUUUUAAUAAAAAAUUUCACAAAAAAGUCUCUUCCAGGAGAUAUUUUGUAUUGGGAUCGAAUGGGCUAUUUUUAUUUUAAAGAUCGGAUUGGCGACACAUUCAGGUUAUUUUCGGGAUUUUCCCAAAGGUUGAACAUACCUAUUUUAAAGAUGGAAGGGAGAAAAUGUUUCAACCACGGAAGUAGAAACAACUCUCCAAAAACAUAAAGAAAUCGUUGAUGCUUGUGUUUUCGGAGUUGAGAUUCCAGGUAUGAUUGAAAAUGUUUUGAUUCAUUGAACAAAAGUUGGGAUUCAGAAUGUGAAGGCCGUGCUGGAAUGGCGUCAAUCCUUCCCAGUCCAAAAGCUGACCUGAAAGAUCUCUUGAAAGAUAUAGCUGAGAAAUUCAGCAAAAGUUUGCCUCCGUAUGCCAUUCCUGUCUUCAUACGCAUUUUGACAGCAGAUAUCGAUAAAACAGGUUGAAAAACUUCGAAGAAAUGUAAUUAUUCUUUUUCACUUUCAGGAACCUUCAAAAUCAAGAAAAGAGAACAACAAAGGUUGUCCUUCAACCCUCAAGAAUCUUCUUCCGUUUACGUGUUUGACAGAGAAAACAACGAUUACAAACCGUUAACUCCUGAAUAUCAGCAAAAAAUAAUGGCCUCAGAAGUCAAAUUUUGA